GUGUAUAUUGAAUUUAUUUAGAUAUGCCACUAGAGUCGAUUGUGGAUCCUACCGUAACGAUAAAACCAUCCAAGAAAUUGAUAGAUUUUAUCUUGCACGAUGUAAAAAACGCGGACGAUGCGCCGGACGGCAUCGCGGCCUUGCGCAAAUCGAAGAGGUCUAAGAGAGAGAUCGCGAAUGCCACGUUAAAAAUCGAGGACCUCAGAUGGUUGAAUAAAUAUAUGAAAGAGCAUAGAAAACCCGCGACGGUAAAGGUCUACCUGCACGAACUUCUCGACGAUUCCGACGUGAUAUUGCCGACGCCGAGGGAGACGCCGCGAAAUCCGGAAUUGGAGGCUCGAGUGCAGAAGUUAACGGCGCAACAGAACGCCAGAGAAUAUCAGGCGAUGACGAAGAGCAUCGAUUCCGUGCGGAAAUUCCUACCGGAGGACAGCAUUGCGUAUCAAAUGAAGCAGAUAAACAAGCAGCUGAUCGCCGUCGCGCAAUUCAUAUUUUCUGUGAUAGCUGGCUUCGCUUUCGGAUUCAUCGGCGUGGAACUCAUAAUCGGUGGCCUAGACUUCGGAUUCAGAUUACUCCUGGGUAUAAUUUGCGCGCUGAUCAUAGCGCUGGCCGAGAUCUACUUCCUAGCUUUAAAGCUGAAUGAGAACGGUUUUGAUGUAACGUCCAAAUCGACGAAAUUACAUCAAGAAUAACGUUCCAAUUGCUACGUUUUCCAUUGCCUUGAACAUAUGUACCAUAGCAAGAGCAGUCUAGACAUACGCCGAUAAUGCAAAAAGUAAUACGCAAGCUACUUUCGCUAACUUUGUAUUGUACAAAAUUUUAGAAAAUGUACAUCCAUUCCUCUGAUUGUUGUAUACUACAAGAUUCUUGAAGACCAAAUAAAACGAGACAUCGUGAUA